AUGUCCUCUGAGAUUUGUUGCAGCUAUGUGUGGUGGUUUAUCUCAAUGAUUAUCCUCAUAUUUUCCAAGUUCCUAGAGAACCAUCACACAGAUGUCCGCCGUGUGCUGCAGAGGUUGAGAGAUAAUAACCUGUAUUGCAAAUUGGAGAAUUGCGAGUUUCAUUGUGAACAGGUUAAAUUCCUGGGUUAUGUCAUUUCCACUGCUGGUUUUUCGAUGGACCCAAAGAAACUUUCACCAGUACUACAGUGGCCUCGACCCGUGGGUUUACGACCAUUGCAGCGUUUUCUUGGCAUUGCAAAUUAUUAUCGGAAGUUUUUUCGUAACUUCUUAUCUCUGGUCAAACCCCUGACUAAUAUGACAAGAAAGGAUUGGUCUCCAGAUUCUGUUAAUGCCUUUGAGAGUCUCAAGGCUGCCUUUGCUUCUGCUCUUGUGUUGGUACAUCCUGAUCUUAUAGUACCUUUUCAUCCUUGA